AUGCGCGUCCUGGCUCUUUUCCUGGGCCUGCUAGCCAGCGCCGGCCUCGUUUGCGGCAUUGUCCUGCGCCCCAGGCACGCCGCUGUCGGGGGCAGAAGCCCCGCUGCUGUUGGCGGCACUGGUGGCACUGGUGGCACUGGUGGCACUGACGCCGCUACCGACGGCAGUGGCGCCGGUGGAGCCGCCGUCGACAACUUCCCCCAGGUUAAUCUCGACUACGCUACUUACCAAGGCUCGACGUUUGCCGACGGCGUCUCCCAAUGGCUGGCUAUCCGAUAUGCCGCCCCGCCCGUCGGGAACCUGCGCUUCGCUUCGCCGCGCGACCCGCCCCAGAUGCAGGGGACCCAGACUGCAGACAAGGUCCAGUUUAUACAUGGCCCCAUCUGCAUCGCUACCGGCUCCGGCAUCUCGGACGCCCAGUCCGAAGACUGCCUGUUCCUCGACGUCUACGCCCCCAGCACCGCGACGCCAAAGUCCAAGCUGCCCGUCUUCUUCUUCAUCCAGGGCGGAGGCUUCAAUGGCAACACUAACCCCAACUACCACGGGCGCGGGCUCAUCAAAGCCGCGGAUCACCAGAUGGUCGUCGUGACCUUCAACUACCGCGUCGGCGUGUACGGCUUCCUCGCCGGCAACGAAAUCGAGGCCGGCGCCAGCCUCAACAACGGCCUCAAAGACCAGAUCAAGGCGCUGAAAUGGGUGCAAAAGUACAUUGAAAAGUUUGGCGGCGAUCCCAACCAUGUCGUCGUAGGGGGCAGCAGCGCCGGCGCCGCCUCGGUCUCGCUGCUCUUGACCGCGCACGGCGGCCGCAACGACAACCUCUUCGUCGCCACGGCCGCCGAGUCGCAGUCGUUCGGCACCAUGUACAACAGCAGCGAAGCGCAGUUCAUGUACGACGGGCUCGCGUGGCGGACCGGCUGCGCCAGCGCGAGCAAUAGCCUGCAAUGCCUGCGCGACCUGGACAUCGCGACGCUGCAAGCCAACGCGAUCACGACGGCGCUGCCGGGCGCCAAGGGGCCGCCGCUGUACAUGUACAGCCCGACGAUCGACGGGGACCUGGUGCCCGACUACACGCACCGACUAAUCGCACAGGGGAAAUUCAUUCACGUCCCUACCAUCUGGGGGGACGACACGAACGGGGGCACGGUGUUCACGCCCAAGAGCACAGACUCCCAGGAUGCCAGCGACACGUUCCUGCACAACAACUUCCCGGCGCUGACGCCCGCGCACCUGGCCAAGCUGCACGAGCUCUACCCCGUCGACGGCACGCCCCGCUUCCCCGGCGCCGGCCGCUACUGGCGCCAGCUCAGCACCGCGUACGGCGACAUGCGCUACACGUGCCCGGGCCUGUUCGCGAGCACGGCCUUCGCCGCCGCAGGGCAGCAGACGUGGAACUAUCUCUGGAACGUCGAGGACGCGGCGCAGAUGGCUGAGGGCUUGGGGGUGCCGCACACGGUCGAGGUCAACGCCAUCUUCGGGCCUGAGAACGUUAAUGGUGGCGCGCCCGCGAGCUAUAGCACCACGAAUAGGAACAUUGUGCCUGUCGUGCAGGGGUAUUGGACGAGCUUUGUGAGGGGCUUGGAUCCGAAUCGGUACAAGAGGGCUGCGAGCCCGGUUUGGGAAGGUUGGGGCAAGGACCAUGCAAGACGGCUGGUAUUCAAGACGAACGCGACGGCGAUGGCGGGGCUGGGUCCGCAGCUGGUCGACCGGUGUACGUGGCUCAGUGGCAUUGCUGUUGAUAUUAAGCAGUGA